CCCCUCCCUCCUGCUAGCUGUGAUUCUCCUCCAUUCAGUUCAUUCAUAGUCCCUUCCCGGCCAUUUCUCGGUCAUCUACUAGCACCGCUCUUGCUAUAUAUAUAUAUCUCUACCAAACGAAACCAAACCCAUCGAUCGAUCGCCUGCCUUCCUUCCAGCAUAUACAUCGACAGACGGUCGAAGAAGAUGGCCAUGCCGCCGGCGGAGAAGGUGAUCGUGGUGGACGCCAACCCCUCCAAGAACGGGCACGGGGACAAGCUUGAUGACCUGCCUGUCGCCGAUGAAACCUCACACCAGAUUGGCGUUGAUCCAUGGUACCAGGUGGCGUUCGUGCUGACCACCGGGGUGAACAGCGCCUACGUGCUGGGCUACUCCGGCUCGCUGAUGGUCCCGCUGGGCUGGGUGGGCGGCACCGUGGGCCUCCUCCUGGCCGCCGCCGUGUCCAUGUACGCCAACACGCUGCUGGGCCGCCUCCACCUGCUCGGCGGCAAGCGUCACAUCAGGUACAGGGACCUCGCCGGCCACAUCUACGGGCCCAACAUGUACAAGAUCACCUGGGCGAUGCAGUACGUCAACCUCUUCAUGAUCAACACAGGCUUCAUCAUAAUAGCAGGGCAAGCACUCAAGGCACUGUAUUUGCUGGUGAGUGCCGACGGGGCUAUGAAGCUGCCCUACUGCAUCGCGGUGUCCGGGUUCGUGUGCGCGCUCUUCGCCUUCGGGAUCCCGUACCUGUCGGCCCUGAGGAUCUGGCUGGGCUUCUCCACGAUCUUCAGCCUCACCUACAUCUUUGCGGCCUGCGUGCUGUCGCUCAAGGACGGCUUCCGCACGCCGCCUCGGGACUACAGCAUCCAAGGAGACCCGUCGAGCAGGGUGUUCACCACCAUCGGCGCGGCGGCGAGCCUGGUGUUCGCCUACAACACCGGCAUGCUGCCGGAGAUCCAGGCCACCGUGCAGGCACCCGUGGUGAAGAACAUUGAGAAGGCGCUGUGGUUCCAGUUCACCGCCGGCUCCGUGCCCCUUUACGCCAUCAUAGUCAUCGGCUACUGGGCCUACGGCAACCAGACCACCACCUACCUGCUCAACAACGUCACUGGGCCCGUGUGGAUCAAGGCAGUUGCCAACCUCGCUGCCUUCCUCCAGACAGUCAUAGCACUACACAUCUUCGCGUCGCCCAUGUACGAGUACCUGGACACCCGGUUCGGGAGCAAGGUGGGAGGCCCGUUCGCGAUGCACAACGUGAUCUUCAGGGUCGGGGUGAGGGGAGGGUACCUGGCCGUCAACACGCUCAUGGCGGCGGCGCUGCCCUUCCUGGGGGACUUCAUGAGCCUCACGGGGGCGCUCAGCACGUUCCCGCUCACCUUCGUGCUCGCCAACCACAUGUACCUCGUCGCCAACAGGCAGCGCCUCUCCUCGCUGCAGAAGUCGUGGCACUGGCUCAACAUCGUCUUCUUCACCGUCCUCUCCAUCACCGCCGCCAUCGCCGCGCUCAGGCUCAUCGCCCGCGACUCCAAAACAUACCAUAUCUUCGCCGAUGUCUGACUCUCUUUCUUUCACUCUCCAGCAAGCUGCUUCUCUGAGGAGUGAGGAUAGUUUCCCUUCAUCGACGCAACUAGCCGCAUGAUGUAGCAUGCCUUACCUUCAUUUAGCGCUUCCAUUAACUAUUGUGCGUGUGUGUGUGUGUGUGUUAGCGGCAACAAUAGCUAGCCAACUACUCCUACUACUACUAGUACACAAGAGUGUUGUCGCAUAGUACUGAGCUGUUACUGAAAAUGGCCUAGCGUAGUUUUGGCUUACGUACGCCUUUGAACAACCAAAGUCGUGAGCAAAAACAGAUUAGGAAUUUGGAAUAA